CCUCACAUGAAUCAAAGCAACUCGUUUCUUGUGCAGGGCUUUUGAUUCAAAUCACGUUUUUUUGUUUAUGUUUUGGCCCAAGUUCUCUGUCUUUUUGUGGGACGCAUCGGUUCCGUUCGUGGGGCGGCGGUUCUGUUUUGACAGUGGCUCGUCCAGAGGUUCCUCGGUCCGAUGCAGACAGGUGAUGAUGAACUUCAGCCCCGAUCCAGGUCAAGAUUGCAUAAGAAGACUUGCACUUUCUCGCUUCCCUCUCCCAAUGGCUGGUCCCUCAGAGCGAAAUUUCUAUCCUCCCUCUGUCCUUCACCUCGCCCAUCCCUCCAUCCUGAUCCGCUUCUUCGUUGCAUCACAACCCCACAACAGUCCAUAAAAACUGAAACUAUUGUUGAGUGAUUGAUGCGGCAGCAGCUUCAAAAGGUCACGUCAGAUGCCCCUCUCCCAGUCAACAUCCACCAUCUCUCAGGCCAGUGGGGAGAUAUAAUGCCGUGCCUGAAUGGCCUGAACCACCUCUAAAGGAAGGUGUCCAGGGUGAAAUGCACAAAACACCUCAACUCACUCAUUUCAAUGGGUUAGGAAACAGCAGCUCUACUCUACUACGAGUUGAAAGAGCAAGUUGAGGCGGUUCUCCUUCUUCUUCUCACCCCUUUUCUCGUAUUCUUUACUUCCUCAAUGAUACCUUUCCUCCCUUCACUCUGUAUUCUCCUUUGCCCCUUUCACUGUCCCCUCAUCAUUUCCUUCUUGUCCCUUCAUUUCAUCAUGCUUCACCUCCAUUGCCUUCUAAUGUUCACUCUUCUUUAUCAACUUGUCCCACCUGUCCUUGUCUAUUUCUCUCUGCAUUGUCUCCUUUAUCCAUCUCUCCAUCCCUAACCCCGAUAUUCAUUCCCUCCCUUUAAAGCCAUAGCAGUUCCACCUCUCAUAAUUCUACCCUCAUCUUUCCCUUUCCAUGCCUCUUUGCGUCCUCCCUCCUUUCCUUUUAGGUGCCCCCUGAUAAUUGCUCAUCACAACGGUCCAUAAAAACUAAAGCUAUUGUUGAGUGAUUGUUUGAUGCGCAGUAUAAAUGCACUUGCUUUGUGUGACUGGUCCUAUUUUUAGUCAGCGCUUCUUUCCCCCGUCAAUCGUCACGUCCUGUUUGUCCAGAGGGAGCUGAGUGGACACACAAUGAGGAGGGUUCCUGUUCCUGAGGGUCUGUUGAGCCACUCAGAGGUCGCAGAGUAGAAGAAGAGCUGAUGAUGUAGCAGGAGGAUGGAGCGAGCCGAGAGGAGAAGGCUUGGGAAAUAAAUUGGAAGCAGAAAUAAAUUAGAAUCAGAAAACGUUAUCCUGCAGGAGGAUGUUGGAGUAAGAAAGAGAAGGAUCAACGUUGGUGUGGAAGACGGUUGUUUUUCAGUUUGAGCUCAAAGAUUUGGAGAAUGGGCUGCUGCCUGUUUGUUUACUAUCUGGUGAGUUUGCAGAAGACAGCAUAGUAAACUGAUGUUCCACUUUAAUGACUAUAACAAAUGUGGAGUGAUAAUGACUCAUUAUAAAAAAAGGCCAUCUAAUCGAAACUAAUAUCUUCAAUGUUCCAUUGACUGGGAUUCAUAUGCGCUUAGCAGCAUGGCUUGUAAGGAAUUUAAAUCCCAUAAAACUUUUGUUGGUGCUUGCAAAAGUAUGGCUGGAUAGCAUGGUGUUAGAAUUAUGAUAAGAUUUUUCUCAUGUAGCCGUUGGUUAAAUAUGUUUAACGCUGCAGUGGAGUCACAGUGAGAUUGUAAAGGGAGUCCCCCAGUCAAAGGUCGGCAGGUUAUAUAAUAUCCAGGACACACAAUAGAGAACAAACAAGCACUUUUCCUCCUAUUCACUGUUUGCCCCCUCUCUGUCAUCUCAUUUAUCUACUCCCAUCAUUUUAAUCACUUAGCUGUGUCACUUCUUAUCACCUAUUUCUUUCCUUUAACUGUAUCUUGCCUCUUUGCUUCUUCUGAUUUGCUUCUUAUCUGCGUGUGUUCUGUGUGUUUUCCAUGCUCCUCCUAUCAAGCAUAUGGGUUUGUCCUCAGUGACACCAGCAGUAAGAUGUGUGUUUGUGUUGGUUUGUGUUGUGUUAGUUACAUGUCAUGACCCUCAGAGAGACUUUCAGAUAAAGAUGUAUUUACCAAGGUGCAAGAUGAUUAAGAAAGUGGCAGGUGAGGACCCUGGUUUCUGACUGGAUGCUAAUAAUGCUAAUAAUAAUGCUAAUAAAUGAUAAAUAAACCACUUAGAAUGCAUGCCAGUUUGCAGUGGAAAAAUAUACACAAAAAUAAAAACAAUUGAUCCUAAUUCAUGUCAAAUUAUAGUGAUUAUAAUGCUGGUGACUUAAUUUUAUGAAGUCUAUUCCCAUAGUGAACUGUGAAUGGUUAAAGCAUGAAUAAGAUCCAAUGGUUUCAAUAAAUUUUGAUUUUCAGUUUUUGGCCAAGUCUGUCAUUGAGUGUAUCACUUCUAAGUAAGAUUUCAGACCCUCAGCUGAUGAGUUCCACCAAUUCUAAAUCAGUGUGUCUUGAGGCGCGACACAUGACAGGCUGGACACACAGGCCGAGGGACAACAGAAACAAUAGCAAAGGAGUGAGGCGGUGCACAGACCAGUGACAGGUUUCCUGUUGUUGUUGCCAUGACAGCAAACAGGAAGUGUUGAGCCCUUGCACCUGAGCAGCUUCCUGUCUAACAAUUGAUGGUUGACAUAUUUACCGCAGAAGGAAUUGAUCUCCUUCCGGUCUAUUAGUGUGAAACUAUAGAGGCUCAAAUUUGAAUUUCAAGUUAAGGAUUGUUUGGCUGGUCCUAACAAGGUUAGGGUGAGAGGCUGGGGAAAGCAUUAUGGCAAUGACAAACGUACUAACAUGUAUAAAACUUUUCACAGAUCUAAAGCAUUUUUGCCUUACUUGUGAGUACCAAGACUUUACAAGCCACCUUCUUGUGAGGUCCUUUUGCUUUGUGAGGAAAUUUUGGCCUGUCCUCACAAGGUUUAGAGGGUAAAGAGUAUUUUCAAGUUGUGUUUACUUGUGAGCUUUUAGAUUGUGUUUACAUUUUUGUGCGUAGAAGCAAUGCCUUUUGUGUCCAUUUGUAUAACUUUGUUUGUUAUUAUUAUAUUGUGUGUUAUUGUAUAUUUGGGUGAGUAAAAAAAUGUCUGUGAGAGAGAGUUGUGUGAUGGUUGUUGAUUUAUUUAUUUAUUUGUUUAUUUUUUUUGUGUUGUUUGGGUGCUUCCAUCCAGAACUGAAACAUGUAUGUGUGUUUGUGUUGCAGAAGAAGCGGAAGCAGGCAGAUCGAGAUGCGGACUCCCUCAGUCUCUGCAGUCUGGACAUUAAUGAGCCCAGCAGCAAGCGCAGCAAACCUGUAUCCAGAGUGACGUCUCUGGUUGGCCUACUGCCGCCGGUCAAGGCGGCGCCUCUGAAGAGGAUCAGUCAGACGCUGCAGCGCUCCAUCAGUUUUCGAAAUGAGAAUCGGACUGAGAGAGCUGCCCCAGCUUCACUCUCUCCGCCUCCCGUCCUGUCCACCAUGAAGACCAAAGUCAUCUCAACUACGCUGUCCAAUGUGUCAUCCUCCACCGCCACCAUGAGGGUCUCCUCGGGGACAGGCUCGGGCGCCAAAAGACGGGACAGCAAACUCUGGAGCGAGACAUUUGACGUCUGUUUGGGAGCGACGGAACCUCUUAGUCCCAAAGAGAUCAAAAGACAAGAGGCCAUAUUUGAGCUGGCUCAGGGGGAGCAAGACCUUGUGGAGGAUCUCAAGUUGGCUACAAAGGUGUAUCAUGAUCCCAUGCUGAAGCUGUCAAUCAUGACUGAGCAAGAACUGAAUCAGAUCUUUGGAACUCUGGACUCCUUGAUUCCUUUGCAUGAAGAUCUGAUGAGUCGUCUCAGAGAUGCCAGGAAACCAGAUGGCUCCACUGAACAUGUAGGCCACAUUCUAACUGCCUGGCUCCCAUGUCUCUCCUCGUACACUCCGUACUGCAGCAAUCAGGUGAAGGCCAAAGCUUUGCUGGACCAGAAGAAGCAAGACCUCCGGGUUCAGGACUUCUUGCAGCGCUGUCUCCAGUCUCCUUUCAGCAGGAAGUUGGACCUAUGGAACUUCCUGGACAUCCCCCGCAGUCGUCUGGUGAAGUACCCUCUGUUGCUCAGGGAGAUCUUGAAGCACACACCAAACGACCACCCGGAUCGACAACACCUGGAUGAAGCGAUGCUGAUGGUUCAGAACGUUGUUGCUGACAUCAACAGACAGACGGGAGAGUCAGAGUGUCAGUACUACAAGGACCGUCUUCUGUACACCGAGGAGGGUCUGAGGCACGAGCUCAUCGAGCGAUCAAAGACCCUCAGCUGCCAUGGAGAGCUGAAGAACAACCGAGGACUGAAGCUCCACGUGUUUUUGUUCCAGGACGUUCUGGUCAUCACUCGGUCGCACUCGCUGAACGACCACCCGGUCAGCUACCAGCUGUGUCGACAGCCAAUCCCCAUCCGGGAACUGGACCUAGAAGACCUGUUAGAUGGAGAGAUGAAGGUGGGCGGGUCCAUUAGAGGAGCCUUCAGCAACAACGAGCGCACAAAGAACUUCUUCCGAGUUUGGUACCGUAGUGGUGUUCAGCUGCAGAGCCACUGCUUCCAGGCAAGCGACGCCUUCAACAAGCAGCAGUGGAUCAACUGUAUCAGACAAGCCAAGGAGGCAGCAGCGCUUCCUGCAGACAACACUGGAUCAGAACAGAAGGAAAGGGUGUGCCGGGAUUCAGAUGCCUCGGAGAAAACAACAGGACUAGAUUUGAUGGAAGACCAUCUUCACUUAGAAGAAGAGAUGUCUACAACAUGUAGUGGAAGUGAAGAGAUGAAGGAAGAAACAGGUUCAGAGGAGGAGACGGGAAAAGGACCAGAAGAGGACCAUAGAUCUGAUGAUAUUCAAGACUCUGUACAGAUCCCAACUUGUACAGAGGUGGAUAUGAGAGGUAUGGAGGACAAACAGAAGGUGGUGGAGACAGUGAACACUGGCAUCAAUGAUUUCAGAUGCUGACAGCUGGACCAAAGAGCCAAUCAGAACAACACUCGUCUGAGACUUUCAAUGUGAAAAAAUGAUAAAACUGCCGGCAGCAUUUAUUCUCGCAGAUAAACAUGGGUAAGACUGGGUGGCGGUGAGAGAGAACUGGGCAGGCAAAAGUAGUCACAGAUGUGAGUGUCUCACACCUGAUGGUGAACACACAUAUGCGACUCAAACCCACACAAUUACAAAUCAUGAAUAAACUGUGUAAUUUGCGAGACAAAGUAUUUUUAAAUUGUAUUGUUCUCCCAAACAACUCAUCUUAAAAUAUAGAAAUUUGUCAUGAAUUCCAUAUUUGCAUUUAAUAAAAUGAGUAAAAUAUUUACAUCUCACACCUGUCACCUAGUUCACUUUUCAUUUCUCUUCCAAACAGCAAAGUCUAAGCUACAAUUCCAAGUAGUUUUCAUGUAUGUGCUGUAUCAAUAAUAACUGUACAUUAUCUUUAUCUGUAUAUAAAUGAAGGACAAAACCAAGUUUGUUGUUGUGCGUCUCGACUCAACACUUGAAUGAUACUGUACUACUUGUUUGAAAAACUGAAAUAAACUUCUGAA